CUAUAAAGUAUUUACUAAGCUAGAAGACAGAAAGAUUUAAAGCGUUAUCUUUUCGUUAAAAUGUAAUCCAGAACUAAUACUCCAAUCCAGAACAAAGGCUAAAAGUGAUCAAUAAAAGAAUACAUACGCAUUUUAUGUGCAUAUACACUUAGAAUCUCUGAAAAUGACAUGGGAACAUCUAGAACGUGGCAGUUCACCGGUGGACUGGUGUGAAGGAAACUACUUAAUUUCCUCGGAUAUUGCUGAAUUCGUCAACACGAUCAGCAAUAUCCUUUUUCUUGUUGGACCUCCCUUUUUGAUCUACUUGUUCAAAGACUAUGGAAAACUGAUACAGCCAGCAAUCCACAUGAUAUGGAUUUUACUAAUCGUGGUAGGUUUAAGUUCUGCCUACUUCCACGCUACUUUAAGCCUUCUAGGACAACUGUUGGAUGAACUGACUAUUCUGUGGGUAUUUAUGGCAACGCUGAGUUUGUUCUGUCCUCGUCGACAUUUUCCUCGUAUUUUCAAACACUCCAGAAAGCGAUUCUGCAUCUCAAUGAGUGUUUUCUCGCUAACAGCUACUGCACUUUCUGUGUGUUACCCCGCGAUAAAUGCAUUCGCUUUAAUGCUGUUGGCAAUUCCUGCAACAUACUUGCUCUACAAAGAACUACAAAUUGUGCAGGAUAAACGUGUUUACCGUUUAGGUAUCCGGAAUACUACUAUCCUGAUGAUUGCAAUAGUCUGCUGGAUAAAUGAUAGAAUGUUCUGUGACGCAUGGAGUCGGGUGAAUUUUCCAUAUCUGCACGGCUUUUGGCACAUUCUGAUCUUCAUUUCUGCGUACACGGCGUGUGUUUUGUUUGCCUACUUUUUCGUUAGCGAUGAAAGGCCCGAAAGCAGACCGCAAUUGAAAUAUUGGCCGCGAAAUGAUUUUGAAUUAGGUGUGCCAUACGUGUCGGUCAACUGUUAUAAAAAGAUGAAUGAUAACAUCUAAAUAUGAAGGCAGAAUAUAAAAUGUUUAGAAACGUUAGAACUGGCAAUUGGGUAUGGUGGGUAAAUUGGUACAGCAAAUAAAUUUUUAGUACAAAUGCUGUGGCAAAAAUAAAAGUAUCGAAAUUGUGUCAUAAUGCCAAAUAUAAUUUUCCAAAUGUGCAACGAUCGGUUAAAUUAUUUAUUUCCAGAGUAGGCUUAAACACAGCACUAAAAAGCACAAAAUAUCGAAACAAUUGUACGCUUACAAGUAGUGAAAUUAUUCCAGUGAUUAUUUUUAAUACAUCAUAAAUCAAAUUAAUUAUCCAGUGUAGAUUGAAUACGGACGUUACUCUGUAACUUAUAUGCUAUAAGCAAACCAUUGUAGUAUAUUGGCAAGGUAGGUGCUACCAAUUGUAAAUUACGUCAAGUUUGUUCAUAGUUACUAGUAAAGUUGACUUCAAGGAAUCUUAUAAAGGUUGAUAUUAUAUUACAAGUUAUUUUAGUGAUAGAAAUAUUUUAGCAAGAGUUGAUUAUAAUCUGUUCAAAU